AGGGUUGCCAUGGUGAAAUCCUAGAUGUGUCCCAUCCUGACCUUUCAGGUAUUUAGUAAGAGAACAGGCUAGCUGCUAAUCUCAAAACGUUUGGAGUCACAAUGAUUAACCCAUAUGUGUGACUUCAACCCAGUUUGAUAAUUCCAGCAACCUCCACAUCAGCAACACAGCCUUGGAUUGAAUAAUGGCAGGACAACGCGUGUACAAAUGUCUGAAGUAUUCAUUACUAUUUACCUGUACAGUGAUAUUUCUCAGUGGCAUCCUGCUGAUUUCCAUUGGCGCCUGGAUCAGGUAUGGCGCGGUGGCACUGGUAGACCUGAUGGGCGACUACUCCGUCCAGCUCGUCAACCUCAGCUACAUCUGCAUGGCCAUGGGUGGCAUCGUCAGCCUUACCAGCCUGACUGGCUGCGCAGGGGCCUGCAAAGACAACCGCUGCUUCCUGACCAUGUUCUUCAUUGUUAUGGUGAUGUGGCUUGUGGCCCAAGCCGUCGGCAUUGUAGUCAUCAUGGUGUACCAUAACUCAGUGGGAGUCAUGGUGCAUAGCACCUUUAAGGACUCAUUGAAGAAGGUUUACCUGGGUGUGUCUGCGGCAGAUCCCAUCUCCUCUGCAUGGAAUGUCGUCAUGAAAAAGUUUCAAUGCUGUGGCCUCGACAACACAACCACAGAUUUCGUGGGGUCCACGUUUACGCAGACCACUGGGUUGGCUUACCCUACGACCUGCUGUGCCAACCUCACCUCUCCGUCCUGCGAUGGCUUCACCAUUAUGCCAGGCUUGAUUCACUCAGAGAGCUGUUUUGAGAAAGUGAUUAACGUGAUCAAGAAAGAGAGCAUGGUCUUGGGAGCAUCUGUCGGAGGCAUGGGCUUUAUUGAGAUCGCAUCCAUGGUCUUCUCCAUGACUCUCUUCAUGAAGCUGGGCAGCAUGCGUUACGAAGUGCGGGUAGCAAGGCAAAGAGCCAUGCCUCAGACUACUGAGCGCAUCGAGUCACUACCUCGGGUCGUAAUAUAGAAAUCACCUGGCUACAGUCAGGUCAUUAGAGCAACAAAGUAUCACAUACAUGUAUUUUAUCAUAAGUGUUUCCUUCAUAUAGUUCCUUUGUACUAUAGAAGUCACCUCUCUCCGUCAGGUUAUUUGUGCAACAAAGUGCUAAUUACAUGUGUUUUAUAAUAAAUAUUUCUUACGCAUUUGUAGUGAAUAUAUUGAUUAUUAAUAAAAUGUUUUGGGGGAUUUUUCAA